AUGGCUGCUACUGCGAUGCUAUUGCUUGUUAUGGUAUACUUAUUCCUUAACGUACACCAUACAGUGGGACAAGUUGGAGUGUGUUACGGUAAUGUUGCAGAUAACUUGCCAUCUGAGCAAGAUGUCAUCAAUCUUUACAAGUCUAACGGAAUAGAAACAAUGAGGCUAUUUAAUCCCAACACAGCAGCUCUCCAAGCCCUACAAGGCUCCGGCAUCAAAACUAUUCUUGGUGUUGUUAACGGAGAUCUUUCGGGUAUAGCUUCCGAUCCAGCAGCUGCCACCAAUUGGGUGCAAACCAAUGUCGUCCCUUUUGCAAGUGCAAUCAAGUACAUUGCAGUUGGUAAUGAAAUUCAUCCUGAUUAUGCGGAAGCCCCGGCAGUAUUACCAGCAAUGCAGAACAUUCUCAAUGCACUCGUUGCAAACGGCUUAGGGGGACAGAUUUUGGUUUCUACGGCCAUUGAUACGAGCUUAUUCACAAAUACCUACCCACCAUCUGCUAGUGAAUUCAGUAAUCCAGGAUACAUUACCCCGAUCAUCAACUUUCUAACCACCAAUGGUUCGCCUUUGUUGGUUAAUAUUUAUCCAUACUUCGCUCGUAUUAGUGACCCUGAAAAUAUAAGGCUUGACUAUGCAUUGUUUACUGCACCUGGUCCUGUAUUUUCUGAUAGUGGAAGGGACUAUCAGAACUUAUUCGACGCAAUUGUGGAUGGUGUGUUCGUGGCUUUAGGUAAGGCGGGUGCACCUAAUGUAGGGGUUGUGGUGUCAGAAACUGGAUGGCCGUCGGAAGGUGGAGCUGAUGCCACGGUCGACAAUGCAGGGACUUAUUAUCGGAACGCGAUCGGCCAUGUUAAGCAGGGGACUCCAUUGAAACCAGGAGGAAUUGAGACUUAUCUGUUUGCAAUGUUUGAUGAAGAUAACAAACCAGGAGCUCCAAGUGAGCAUCAUUUUGGUCUCUUUACCCCUAAUCAACAGCCUAAGUAUGGUGCUCUCAAUUUCAAUCCAUAGAUUACAUUAUUAAUGUUGAAAAAUUGAAGUGAUAUUCUGAUGCAAUUGUAUGAUUCAUAGUUU